UCAAUUUUCAAAAGCUCUGGUCCAAAACGUUUGUCAUUCAUCUACCAAAAUGAACCUGCGGCUUCACCAUUGUUCUGUAGAUACCCGUUUGUUUGAGAUAAAGGUUGGGAGUUUCCUUUCUUACUGGGACUUCACCAUUGGCGAAAAGAUACGGAAGGUGCUCUUCCUUUUCUCAUGAUGAAUAACAAAGGGAGCAUCCCGACGCCCGAGCAUGAUCCCUUCGCUUCAUCCUGAUGAAGAGUUCCAAAUGUUGUUCCUGGAGAUCAGCUGGAGAGUCAUGGCAGCUUUCAGCAUGUGACCAGAAAACAAGAUGGACCUGGAGAGUUCAUAUUUAUGAUCUUGACAAAGGCUGUUGCAAAACGAGUUGAAUUCAAGCCAAUGUUUUAACUCAAUGAGAAGAUGGCUUUCCCAGCAAUCGAUUUCAGUUACAGUGCUGCCGACCACUUUGUUGACCUCCCACCCUCUGAAAGGGAGGCCCCCGUCGUUUUCUUCCACUUCACCAUGCUUCAUUCCUCCUCCGUUCGCUCCCAAAUUCAAUGGCCUCCUUCAAAGGUGCUGCAUCUCAAAGGCAUUGGUGCAAGGAAAGCAAGUCCACCAACAGAUUGUGGUGAAUGGUUCCCACGGAAACUCGCGCUUGAGGAUGAAGUUAGUCAGGUUUUAUGCCGCUUGUGACGAAGUCCGAAGUGCAGAACACUUGUUUGAUGAAAUGCCUGAAAAGGACAUUUUUGCUUGGACUUUCAUGUUGGGGUGCUAUAUGAGGAGAUCGAUGUAUGAAGAGGUUAUCGUAACGUACUGGAGAGUACGAGAUGAAGGUGUCUAUCCGGAUGAUUAUGUGUUCCCGAAGGUCCUCAAGGCGUGCACCCUGCUGUCGGAUUUAGAAGAGGGAGUUCGAGUUCACAACGAUAUGAAGCAUUUGGGUCUGAGGCCUAACGUAUAUAGUUCGAACUCCUUGAUAGAGUUGUACUCGAAAUGCGGGGAUGUGGUGAGUGCACGUCGAAUGUUUGAUGAGAUGCCUCAAAGGGAUGUAUUGUCAUGGAAUUCUAUGAUUGCUGGUUAUGUUUCUAAUUCUAUGUAUGAUUCUGCAUUGGAGCUGUUUAAUUUGAUGCGUAUUGGUUCUGCAAGGCCAGAUUUGAUCACAUGGAAUACCGUUCUCGCUGCUUAUUCUCAGCGUGGGCUCCUUGAAGAGGCUCUUGAUAUCUUGAAUCAGAUAAAGGAGUGUGGUUAUACGAUGCCCAAUCAUGUUACGUGGACAACUCUAAUAGUUGGCCAUGCAAGGAAAGGCUGUUACAGAAAAGCAUUGGAGUUAUUCAAAGAAAUGUUAGAUGCCAAUGUUAGCCCAGACGCUGAUAGCCUUUCUUGUGUUAUAUCAGCUUGCAAGAACUUGCAUGUUUUUAGGAAUGGGAGAGAGGCUCAUGGAUACGGCAUUAGAACAUGUCUGGAUCACAGGUUCUAUGCUUCUGCUGGUGGUGCACUUGUGACCCUUUAUUCAGCAUGUGGCAGGAUUGCAGAUGCGGCAAAUGUUUUCAGUAUGAUGGAUGGAAGAGAUAUAGUUUCCUGGAAUUCGAUGAUCAUGGGUCUCAUUCAAUCUGGCUUUCAUGAUUCAGCACUAAAACUUUUGCAUGAUAUGCAACUGAAGGGACUUAAGCCGGAUCAAUUUACAAUUACUGCUCUUUUGCAUAUUUCCGAUGAAGUUUCAUUAAAGGUGGUAAAAGAGAUUCAUGCUUAUUUAAUCAAGAAUGAAUUUGAUUUGGCUACUGCUGUUUGGAAUGCCCUCGUUCAUAUAUAUGCAAGAUUUGGAAACGUCAGUUGGGCACAUGUUAUUUUUUCAAGUAUAAGAAAGAAGGAUGUCAUCUCUUGGAAUGCUAUAAUAGGAGGUUAUGGUAGGAAUGGCCAUGGCAGAUUGGCGCUAUGCCUUUUCAAGCAGAUGAAGGAGUCCGGACAAGAACCAAAUCAUGUGACAUUUACAUCGGUUCUUUCUGCUUGUAGCUACUCUGGGCUGGUUUAUGAGGGAAAGGAGCACUUCAGUAGCAUGACUAAUGAGUACAAAUUUGUACCAAGUAUGGAGCAGUACGCUUGCAUUGUCGAUCUUCUCAGUCGUUCAGGACGUUUUGAGGAAGCAAUGGAUUUCAUUAAUAAAAUGGCGCUUGAACCUGACGGAAGCAUUUGGGGCUCUUUGCUUGCUGCUUGCAAAACUCAUCAGAACGUCAGGCUUGCGCAGGUUGCUGCCGAGCAGUUGUUCCGAUUGGAGCCAGAGAAUACUGGAAACUAUGUGACUCUUUCCAAUAUUUAUGCUAGAGCUGGCAGGUGGGAUGAUGCAGUAAGUGUUAGAAAGAUGAUGGAAGGAAGGGGACUGAUAAAGCCACAUGGGUUUAGUUUGGUAGAGGCUGAAAUCCAACUUCCUGCAUGAGGUGAGAAAAAAAUCAGUGGAAGCUUAUCAGCUUUCUCCCAGGAACAUAUGGUUUUGAUCUUUUCCUCGGUGACAUUUGUAAACUCAUCGUAGCAUCCUGCGUAAACGACCUAGAAAGGGGAAGAAAAAUGGUACGAAUUCUGAAAUUUUUUAAAAUCGUUUAGUUGGUUGUGCCUUUGAAUCAGAUGUCAGAAAGGUAUGCUCAAUUUGAUAAUCUGUCAAAUUAAGGUAUAGUUAAUGAUAUGGUGUUCCACUUGAAUUAUAAAAAAUAAAAUAAUAAUAAUAAUAAUGUAGGGACCAAUUUUGGGGAAUUUCAAAUGGCAGUCAGUUGUAAACAAGGUGGCUCUUAAUUGCGUAAUCCUUUCUUCACUUUUGUUAUUUGCUCCACCCUUUCAAUCCCUCUCUGUUAUUCUCAAGAUUUAUUGGAUAUAUAGCUGGUCUUCAGACAGGUCAACCAGUUGGAGA